AUGAAGGAUGGAGAGAAUGAAAUGGAAGUACAGCUCAGCGGGACUCCAGGGAACCCUACUGACCUCAAGAGCCAGGGUCCCAGUAGCGACAACUGCAACACCUGUGAUUUUCCGAAACUGUCUUCUCCGCCACCGUCGCAGCCACAGCAACCUCAGUUGCCAUUGACUCAUGAAGCGGGGCCCCACACCAAGAGUGGGGCUACGAUGAAGACGCCACAGAUCCCUUUUGUGAACAAGUAUCGUCGCCGCGUAAAACUUUAUGCCCUGAAUGAAGACCAGCUAUGGUCCUAUCUUGACACUGGAUAUGUCUACUCCACUUACGUGGACCGUCUCCAGGGACUGUCACUACUAGUACGGUCAGAGUCCGACGGCUCACUGAUCUUGGAGUCAAAGAUACAUCCAAACACACCGUAUAAGAAAAAAAGGGGGAUAUUAAUUGUUUGGUCCGAGGCUGAGAACCACGGAAUGGCGUUGAGUUUCAAGGACAGAGCCGGUUGUCGUGAGAUCUGGGAAGACAUUUGCCGGGUUCAAGGUAUAGAACCAACUGUCGACAUCACACAAGACCUGUUGGAUAUUUCAGAAGAAGAAGAAUGUGAUGAAAUGUCAGAAACGGGUCGUCCGGUUGAGCUUCCUAACUGUGAACUCAAUAACCUGGAAGAGAUUGCUAACUUAGUUACCAUGGCUUUCGUUUCACAUACCGGUAAGGAAAGGCUCGCCUUGAUCUUGGAAAAGGAGGACUAUAUUCCAAAACUACUGCAACUGUUACACACUUGUGAGACCCUAGGAGACAUCGAAGGCUUACAUCAAUUGCAUGAAAUUAUUAUAAGAAUCUUACUCCUCAACAAGACAUUUCUGUUUGAGAUCAUGUUUUCUGAUGAGUGUAUCAUGAAUGUAAUGGGAUGUCUUGAAUAUGAUCCUGCUUUGACUCAACCAAAAAGGCACAGGGAAUUCUUGACCCAACAUGCAAAGUUCAAGGAAGUGGUGCCAAUAACAAACUGUGAACUUAGGCAAAAAAUACAUCAGACAUACAGGGUACAGUACAUUCUCAACAUCAUUUUGCCUGUACCAUCCCUAUUUGAAGACAGUUGUCUUUCUAAUCUUAAAACUUUUAUUUUCUUUAACAAGGUUGAGAUAGUCCACAUGCUGCAGAAAGAUAACAAGUUUUUGCCUCAAGUUCUUGCACAGUUAAAAGAUAAGACUACAGAUGAUGAUAAGCGGCGUGAAUUUAUAUUUUUUUUCAAGGAAUUCUGUUCAUUUUCUCAAACAUUACAGCCUCAAAGCAAGGAUGCACUACUCAAAACAUUGACACAAUUGGGAAUUCUUCCUGCUCUUAAAAUUGCAAUCAGCCUGGAUGAUGUGCAAAUAAGGUCAGCUGCUACUGACAUAUUUGCUUGUCUAGUGGAAUAUAAUCCGUCGGUGAUUCGAGAAUUCAUAAUAAAAGAAUCCUUGUGGAAUGAAGAUUGUAACCUUUUCAUUAAUUUAGUAAUUAAACGAAUGAUCUGUGAUACUGAUCAAGAGCUAGGAAAUGCUCUUCAUUUAAUGGGACUUCUUCGUUCUCUACUUGAUGCAGACAGUGUGCUGGUGACACGUAAUAAUAACUGUGAAAGAAGUGAGUUUCUACAUUUCUUCUAUAAACAUUGUAUGCAUAACCUCAUAGCGCCACUCUUGGACACCACUUCAGAAGAUACAUGUGAAGAGGAUGAUAUACUUGGAACUGACAAAAACAGCAAAAAUUGCCUCAGUGCUCUUCGCUUUAUGAGAAGUAUAAUUGGCAUUAAAGAUGAAUUUUAUAAUCGUUACAUCAUCAAGGGAAAUCUUUUAGAGCCGGUUGUAAAUGCUCUUUUGGAAAAUGGAAGUCGGUACAAUAUGUUGAAUUCAGCUAUUCUUGAACUAUUUGAAUACAUAAGAGUGGAAAAUAUCAAGUCUCUUGUUACACAUAUAGUUGAAAAGUUUUAUGAAACACUUGAAUGGAUUGAAUAUGUUCAGACAUUCAAAGGUUUGAAGAUGAAAUAUGAACAAGAGAAAGACCGACAGAGUCAAAUACAGAAGAAGUUGAAUUUUAUACUGUAUAAUAAAAUAUUUCGCAAAUGUGACAGAGUCUGUGAAAAGGAAGAAACUUGUUAUAAAGAAAAUAUAGAGGAAGGAGAAGCAGUUAUGCAACCACUGGAAAAUGAUUUUCAAGUUCAUUGUAUGGAGACUGAAAAAACAAAAGAAAAUAAAAACAAGGAAGAUAUUCCUAAAAGAACAACUUCUGGUGACAACAAAUUUACUUUCCCCCUUUCUGUUGGUGCUACUAAUGGAACAGGUAGCUCAACUGGUAGUAACAUAGUUGGUUUAGUGGAUUAUCCGGAUGAUGAUGAAGAAGAAAAGGAAGAUGAAACACCCCCCAUGAAAAGACCACAUCUAAGCCCAUAA